AUGGGGCAGAAACUCAGCUUGCGGCGAAUGGCGAGCCUCAGCGACGACGAUGACGAUCUUGUCUCUAUUGCAAGCGGAACUCGCUCGUUGCCGAACAGAAGAAAGACUUCGAGGGCAAACAAGAAGAGCCCCAUAAGUCUCUUCCCACUUGCGAGUGCGGGAAGAAAGCCAAGAAGGGGGCGCAAGAAUAGUGGUAAUAUUGACGACGACCUCGAUAGCAUUAUUGCCUUCGUAAAGCACAUGCAUCAAACAGCCGACGGAAAACAAAAGCUGGAAAACAUGGUCAUCAACAAUAUCAAGAACCCCGCCGAGUCUGAUUCGACGCAACUCUUCCUAACGGAGAUUUCAGAGACGGUCUCUGUUCCUACCCCUUGCGCUUCCAAAAAUCGAAGGACUCUUCCUCGAUGUCAAACAGCAUGA